AUGAUCACCAUCCCGGAGUCCCACCACCAUCGACCACCAUCAUCUUCAUCAUACCCGUCGCAACCUCCGCGGCGACGACGACGACGACCAUCAUCUCUCGUCAUCGGUCUGAACACUGCCACCGGCCUGUCGACCACCGCCCUCACCAUCACCACUCCCGCCUCCAGCAAUGAGGACUUGACACCAACCUGUCCUCGGUGCGAUCACACAUCCAUCUCACGCGCCGGCCUGGUCGGUCCAUCGUGA